AUUCAAUGAGUUAAUGUUUAUUCAAGUAAGUCACUGUGGACAAAAGUGUCUGCUAAGAACCAUAGUACAUAAACACAGUCUCCUAGGACAGUGAAAAGAGAUGUUUAAAGCCUUUAUCUUGCUCACAAACAUGGGUGGAGGUAUACUGACAUUUUAGUGCCCUUGAAGAUAAAGAGGGAGGGACAAGGGUGAGGACCUAACAGCCAAAAUUUAACAUUGUCUCUUGAAGUGUUUCAUAUAUUGAUGAACAUGAUGAUGGCCUGUCUUCAAGGGAUGAUAACAUUUCUAGCUGUAUGCUGUUUCAUAUGUCAGAAUCCCAAACCAGUGGCGGGGGUCUACAUCCUCUCUGACCCUCCCUCUAAGGAGAUUUUUGAGGGUAUGACACUGAGACUUGUAUGCAAUAUAACCAAAGGAAGUCAUGUGUCAUACAAAUGGUUUUUCAAUGGCAAACCAUUGGGAGAUGCAACGCCACCAAACACCUUGACCAUUCACAACACCACUGUUAAUGACAGCGGAGGCUACGUUUGUAUUGGUUCCAGUACAGUCAACAAUAUUUCAGUUAACUUAUCCAACAGCAGCAAAACCAUCACCAUAAAAGAGAUUGUUUCUGUGCCCAGUGUCUCAUUCACUGUAGUGAAAGAAAGUAGUGGAAACUUCUCGGCUCGCAUCACGUGUAGAUCUUUCAGAGGAACACCACCCAUAACAUUUACACUGUUAAACAAUUCUCAGAAAAUUGGAGAUAACAUAACUAAGCAUCUUAGUUUGACAUUUAUAGUUCCCAUAUAUUUAGACCAACACAUGGGCACAUUCAUUUGUCAAGCUUGGAAUGGUUACAUCAAUCAAAACAGCUUUCCCAUGCAUCUACAAGCAGAAACAGUUGGUGGUGCUUCAAUGACGACGUAUGAGCACAUGGAUGACAACUUCCAAGUGACUGGGCUGGAAUUAUGCUGUCAGGUAGAGAGGGGCACUUUUCCCCACUACAUAUGGUUCCACAACAACACCCCACUGACGAUGAGAGGACGUUCCCAUGUCCUUUCUGCAGAUAAUUCAACCCUCUUCUUUACCCUCGACCCAAGUAUUUUUGGAGAAUUCCACUGUCAGGCUUUUAACAGCUUUGACAAAACGAUCCGCAUUUCCAGUCAGAGGAGACUCAUCAAUAAGGAAGCAUCAAAUCGACUACCAGUGAUGGUGGUGGCUGUGGUAUUUGGAUGUUUCUGCUUUGUAGCUGUGGUCCUGACGAGUUGCUGUUUUUAUGGAAUAUACAAGUUGAAGCAUAACAAGGACAUUUAUAACUUUUCAACAUCAAAUGGGUGGUCAGCAGAGAUGGAUGAAAGAAAGUGCAUUGCUAAAGACAAGGACUUCAUGAAAAAUACAGCCGAGGCCAAAGAAGUGGCAGUUGUUAACUUUGAAGGAGAGUAUUGUGAUGAUUGGCCUAAAAUAGAAGAGCCAAACUGAUUGGUAUCAGGAGGAGCAAAAUGAACCAUAUCAAUGUGGAGAAAAUCCCAUCUGCACCAGCUAGGAAGAGAACACGGCGUCAUGCCAAACAGCAUCCACUGUCAUGGAAGACAGAAUGUGAUGAAGCUUCUACUCCACCAAUAUUUAUAAGGCCACAUGUUUGAAUUUGAUUCUUUUGAAGCUCUUUCCAAUCCAAGCUCAAACUAAGCUCUUUCGUGUUUACACUAAAACUGAAUGAAAUAUAAUUUGACGUUUA